CUCACGCAGUAACAUCCAGCGUGGAGAUCAGUACUCCUGCCUGGCUCUCUGACACAGGAUGGACGUUCCUGAACACUGAGCUCAGCUGCUGUAAAAAGCAAGUAGGAAAACAUACAGCUGGAUAAAAUUGAUCAUGAUCAGUAGAUAGCAUCUCACACCAUGACCAUGGCUCCCCGGAAAAGGAAUCGUCAUGCUUUGGGGUUUCUUUGCUGCUUCGGGGGAAGCGACCUCCCUGAAAUCAACCUCAAGGAUAAUAACCCCCUCCAGUUCCUGGAGUUCUCUGUCCCAAUCCCACCAGCAGAGGAGCUCAAUGCUAGGUUCUCUGAACUUGUGGAUGAACUGGAUCUCACGGAUAAGAACAGAGAGGCUAUGUUUGCACUCCCUCCAGAGAAGAAGUGGCAGAUUUACUGCAGCAAAAAGAAGGAACAAGAAGACCCUAAUAAGCUUGCUACCAGCUGGCCGGAUUACUAUAUUGACCGCAUCAACUCCAUGGCUGCAAUGCAGACUCUGUACGCUUUUGAUGAAGAAGAAACAGAAAUGAGGAACAAAAUAGUUGAAGACUUGAAAACAGCUCUGCGGACUCAACCAAUGAGGUUUGUGACCAGGUUUAUUGAGCUGGAUGGCCUGACCUGUUUGUUGAACUUCCUGAAGAGCAUGGACUAUGAGACUUCAGAGAGCCGCAUACACACAUCCGUUAUAGGGUGUAUCAAGGCACUGAUGAACAACUCCCAGGGACGGGCACACGUCCUGGCCCAUCCAGAAAGUAUCAAUAUCAUCUCCCAGAGCUUACGGACUGAGAACAUCAAGACCAAAAUCGCUGUGCUGGAGAUCCUCGGGGCUGUGUGCCUGGUGCCGGAUGGCCAUAAGAAGGUCCUACAGGCCAUGCUUCACUACCAGGUCUAUGCUGCAGAGAGGACAAGAUUCCAGACAUUGCUGAAUGAGCUAGACCGAAGCAUGGGGCGCUAUCGGGAUGAGGUGAAUCUCAAAACGGCCAUCAUGUCCUUUAUCAAUGCUGUUCUGAAUGCUGGCGCAGGCGAGGACAAUUUGGAAUUCCGAUUGCACCUGCGAUAUGAGUUUCUGAUGCUGGGAAUUCAACCUGUUAUUGACAAGCUAAGAGGACAUGAAAAUGCAACAUUAGACAGGCACUUAGAUUUCUUUGAGAUGGUGAGAAACGAGGACGAUCUGGAACUUGCCAAGCGGUUUGAUGUGAGUUUUCACUCCUGGAUCCAUCUUCCACUCUAUAAGCGGAAUGGGGGACAUUUCCAGCAGUGGCAGCUGUUAGACAGGAUACUACAACAAAUCGUUCUUCAGGAUGAGAAAGGGGAUGAUCCAGAUAUAGCUCCACUGGACAACUUCAAUGUCAAGAACAUCAUUAAGAUGCUGGUGAAUGAGAAUGAAGUGAAACAGUGGAGGGAUCAGGCGGAGAAAUUCAGAAAAGAACACACAGAGCUGAUGAGCAGACUGGAAAAGAAGGAAAGAGAAUGUGAGAUAAAGACCCAAGAGAAAGAUGAAAUGAUGAAAACAUUGAACAAGAUGAAGGACAAGCUGCAGAAAGAAUCCUUGGAACUGCGCCAGACCCGGGACCAAAUGACAGACCUGGUAGCUCAAUUCAAUGAGUUCUCGCAAGGAGGUGGCAUUUCCUUCACACCCCCUCCGCCACCCCCUCCUGGGGGCCCAUUAGCUUUGCCCUCCUCUCUGAUGAUGGAGUGUUUGCCCCCGCUGCCACCCCCACUCCCAUUCUCCAGCUGUCCCCCUCCACCUGCUCCGCCACCUCCACCAGGAGGGCCACCUCCCCCACCUGGAGCCCCUCCUUUUUUCAGCAUGGGGAUGAUGCCCCCUCCCACAACCAUCUUCAGCAACAGUGGGACCAGCCUGAGGAAGAAAUCUAUCCCACAGCCUUCCCACCCACUGAAAUCCUUCAACUGGGCCAAACUGAGCGAGGAGAAGAUCCAUGGCACAAUCUGGCAUGAAAUCGAUGACUUAAAGGCUUUCAGGGUGCUGGAUCUGGAGGAUUUUGAAAAAAUGUUCUCUGCUUAUCAAAGACACCAGGACCUGCUAACUAACCCUUCCUCCUGUAAGCAGAAAGAGAUGGGCUCAACUGAGGACCUAUACUUGUCCACACGGAAGGUUAAAGAGCUUUCUGUUAUUGAUGGCCGAAGGGCUCAGAAUUGCGUCAUUCUCCUCUCCAAGUUGAAGCUGUCCAAUGACGAAAUCAAACGGGCUAUCUUGAAGAUGGAUGAACAAGAAGACUUGGCCAAAGAUAUGCUGGAGCAGCUGCUGAAGUUUGUUCCUGAGAAGAGCGAUAUCGACCUACUGGAGGAACAUAAACACGAAAUUGACCGCAUGGCCCGGGCUGAUCGAUUCCUCUAUGAAAUGAGCAGGAUUGAUCACUACCAGCAGCGGCUGCAGGCGUUAUUCUUUAAGAAGAAGUUCCCAGAGAGGCUGGCAGAAUGCAAGCCUAAAGUGGAAGCCAUUCUUCUGGCCUCCAAAGAGCUCACCCGCAGCAAGCGCUUGAAGCAGCUCUUGGAGGUAGUCCUGGCUUUUGGCAAUUACAUGAACAAGGGCCAAAGGGGAAGUGCGUAUGGCUUCAAAGUCUCCAGCCUGAACAAAAUUGCAGACACUAAAUCCAGCAUAGACAGGAAUAUUACCCUGUUGCACUACUUAAUUAUGAUCUUUGAGAAGAACUACACAGAUAUCCUAGACAUGCAGUCUGAGCUGCAGCAUCUUCCGGAAGCAGCAAAAGUCAACCUGAUGGAGCUGGAGAAGGAAGUUAACAACAUAAAGACUGGAUUGAAAGCCGUUGAGGUUGAACUGGACUACCAGAAGAGACGCAUGCGGGAAGCAGGGGACAGGUUUGUGCCUGUCAUGAGUGACUUCAUCACUGUGGCCAGUUUCAGCUUCUCAGAGCUAGACGACCUUCUGAACGAGGCUAGGGACAAGUACGCCAAGGCGCUGAAGCAUUUUGGAGAGAAUGAGGGCAAGAUGCAGCCAGAUGAAUUUUUUGGCAUCUUCGACACCUUCCUGCAGUCGUUCACAGAGGCCAAGCAAGAUCUGGAGAAUAUGAGGAAGAAGAAAGAGGAGGAGGAGCGCAGGGCACGCAUGGAGGCCAUGCUGAAAGAGCAGAGGGAGAAAGAGAGGCGACAAAAGAAAGCAAAGGCUGGCAGCAUCUCCGAGGAGAGUGGGGAGUUCGACGACCUGGUGUCAGCCCUCAGGUCGGGCGAGGUCUUCGACAAAGACUUAUCCAAGCUCAAGCGCAACCGUAAGCGUUCAGGGAACCAAGGCUUGGAGACGAGUCGGGAGCGGGCGGUGACCAAACUAAAUUAUUAACAACAAAAGGAAGGAGGGGAUGUUAAAAGAAAUAGAACCAACCCAAAGAAGAUGACGACAAAGAACAAACCAAGAAAGAUGAAUGUGUGUGACAGCAAUUGGCUGAUGGUUGCCCCCAAGAGCUCACCCAGCCCAUAGCUAGAGACGUUACCUUUUCAUGACCAACUUUCCUC